AUGCAGACAGUUUCUGCGUCUUUCGGCUGUGGUUGUUGUGGUCGAGGUCACGUCUGCGUUUAUAAUAAUCGUUGCCGUGGUUGUCGUGCUGGCUGUGGUGAUCGCGGCUAUGGCUGCGGUUGUUGUAGUCGAUGUUACUUCUGUUGUUGUUGUAAUUAUUGUCAUGGUUGUCGCGAUAGUUGUUGUGGUCGAGGCCACGGCUGUGGUUGUUGUAAUUGUUGUCGUGGUUGUCGCGGUGGUUGUUGUAAUUGUUGUCGUGGUUGUCGCGGUGGUUGUUGUGGUCGAGGUCAUGGCUGUGGUUGUUGUAGUCGAGGUUAUGGCUGCGGUUGUUGUAAUUGUUGUUGUUGUGGUCGAGCUCAUGGCUGUGGUUGUUGUAAUUGUUGUCGCGGUUGUGGCGGUGGUUGUUGUGGUCGAGGUCAUGGCUGUGGUUGUUGUAGUCGAGGUUAUGGCUGUGGUUGUUGUAAUUGUUGUUGUUGUGGUCGAGGUCAUGGCUGUGGUUGUUGUAGUCGAGGUCAUGGCUGUGGUUGUUGUAAUUGUUGUCGUGGUUGUGGCGGUGGUUGUUGUGGUCGAGGUCAUGGCUGUGGUUGUUGUAGUCGAGGUCAUGGCUGUUGUUGUUGUAAUUGUUGUCGUGGUUGUGGCGGUGGUUGUUGUGGUCGAGGUCAUGGCUGUGGCUGUUGUAGUCGAGGUUAUGGCUGUGGUUGUUGUAAUUGUUGCUGUUGUGAUCGAGCUCAUGGCUGUGGUUGUUGUACUUGUUGUCGUGGUUGUGGCGGUGGUUGUUGUGGUCGAGGUCAUGGCUGUGGUUGUUGUAGUCGAGGUCAUGGCUGUGGUUGUUGUAAUUGUUGUCGUGGUUGUUGCGGUGGUUGUUGUGGUCGAGGUCAUGGCUGCGGUUGUUGUAGUCGAGGUUAUGGCUGA